CUUUGCUGUCUUGGUCUCUCUUACGGUCACGAGGCUUGUGAGCAUGACACGCAGGUCGAGACAGAAGGUGAAAAAGGCCCGUGCACGGCCGACUUUCACCGGUUCACUCUCGGUGCUUGGCAUCGACAAGCCACCAUCAUCAACAAAGUUCGUCUUGCAUCCGUAUCAGCUUCAUCAUUUCGCUCGACCCUCUUGCCACCACGUGGAAUUGCCGCUCUUGCUUGCUUGCUUGCUUGCUUGCUUGCAUUGCAUACUCUAUAAGUAUUUGAAUAUCAUAAUCUUCUUUCAGCGAUCAUGAAUGCUCCGGACAGAUUCGAGCUCUUCCUUCUCCAAGAAGGAGAGAAGAAAAUCACCGAGAAAGUGGUGAGCGGCAUGUCCAACACGUCCGACUUCAUCCUCCUCAAGGAGGACCACACGCUGGGCAACCUGCUCAGCGAGCACCUCAAGAUGGCGCCCCACGUCAUGAUGGCCGGAUACAAGAUCGACCACCCCAACGUGCCCGAGGUCUUGAUCCGCGUCCAGACCGACGGCUCCAUCACGCCGCGCGAGGCCCUCGUCCGCGUCUGCAAGCAGCUCGUGGCCAUGUACGGGCAGCUCGGCCGCGAGUUCCAGAAGGAGCUGACGCUCCGGCAGUUCGCCGACCAGGGCGAGAACGCCGGCGUCGGGGGCGGCGCCGCCGGGGGCGUGGGCGGUGGCCAGAACGGCUUCUAGCGAUGGGCUGGAUGGUUACUGCUCGUGACUUGGGUUCGAAGGGGUUGUGAUGGAGGCGUUCCGGCACGGCGUUCGGGUUCUUCUUCUUUCUGGGCGGGGAGGGGAAAAAAAGGGGGGGAUAUGCUAGACUGCUGCUGAUGCGGAUUCCAACGACUUAUUCAUUCGCACUUCGGUCUUGCUGGGGCACUCAUCGUGGCGCUUUUGGCUGUCCUGUCCGUCAUAGAUUCAGUGAAGUCGUGCCUUGAUAAUCCCAUCGGCACAGAGCCCGGGGUCUACAUCCUCGUUGUGAUCUUGGGGGUUCCCAAACCCCAUUGCCAGCUUAUCCCUUUCCUGACAGAAAGUACUCGAGACCCUUCCUUGCUUCCUUCAGAGCUGGUCGGCCUUGCAGCGUCCUAAGCAGUUUCCAAGCACCAUUACCUCCCCUCCCGCACCCGCCGCAUCAUGAUGCAGCCGUAGCUAUCGGACCUUCGCCUCCUGGGAUCAA